AUGUUUCAAUCAUCCUCAUCAUCGACUUGUAUCCAAAAUGUUCCGAAACGAGUGCCCCGAAAUCAUACAACAAAUUCAUCAUCUCCAACGGUUCCCAUGAAAUUUGUAGUCAUUUCCGAUACACAUUUAUUACAUGAUUUAUUAAUCAUACCAAAUGGUGAUGUAUUGAUUCAUUGUGGGGAUUUUACAAAUUUGGGAUUACCUGCGGAAGUGGAAAUGUUUUUCAAGUUUUUAGUGGAUCAGUGUGAUUCAAAGUUUGAACAUGUGAUCAUGAUUGUGGGAAAUCACGAAUGGGCACCUGAUGUUGUGGUUGGUACAAAAUUUAACACAUUUUUCAGUCCAGAAAAUCAGAAAAAACUUCAUGCCAAAUAUCAUCUUCUUUUGGAUGAUACCAUUACCAUACAAGAUAGAAACAAGAAUCCCAUCAAAAUUCAUGGUACUCGAUAUCGAGGAGCAUGGGCCUUUCCAGUGUUUUUCAAAGAUCAACGAAAAAAGACAACUUUUGAAAUACCCAGCGACAUUGACAUUUUACUGACACAUUUUCCAUGUAAUAAGAACAAUAUGGAUGUUAUUUAUGACGGAACUUCGAGAGGAUCGGAAGAAUUGACCACACUCCUCGAAUCGACGAAUUAUUUCACAAAUUUAAAAAUUCACUGUUUUGGUCAUAAUCAUGACGGAAGAGGAUUUUAUUAUGACACAACUCAAGAUCGACUCUAUAUCAAUGCAGUGUCAGUCAUUGGUGAUAAGAAAGACAAGAUUGUGAAACCACCCUUUGUUUUUGAGUUUUGA